AUGGCAUCUAAAAGGGAUCUAAAUUAUUUUGAGAAGAAAGGACUUAUAUUGAGUCCUCCUCUUUUGCUAACAAAUUAGAUUUUACCACCUGAAAUAUCAUAGCCUUAAUAGCAUCCUUUCAUAAAAGAUCUUCCUAAGCCCAGGUAAUAAGAUGGCUUAAUAGCAAAUAAUUUUAAUAGUAGAAUCGAUUCAUAAUAAUAAUAAUAGUAGUAAGGUAGAGAAGGUAUUGAGAGUACUUAGAUUCUUAUUUAAAAAGCAUUAGCUUAUGAGAAAGAGUUAGAAUAGAGAUAAUUAUAGAUUUUAAAGCUAACUAGUGAUUAUGAAAAACAAAGAAUGCAAGCAUUUGAGCUAGAGCAAAAGCUAGUGCUCCUAAAUGAAGAAAAUUUGAAGUUUAGGGAGUCAAUUAACCAAAGCAAAAAGCUGGCUGAAAAGAGCUUGGAAUAGGAAAUUAUUUUUAAGUAAAAGCAAAAUUAAUUUUAGAGUGAAAAAGAAAGCAUGGAAAAACUUUUAAGUAGUAAAUAAGAGAAUGCAAUGUUAUAAGAAAAAUUACUAGAGACAGAAUAAAGAGUAUUGUUGUACUAAUAAGAAAUAGACGACUUAAAGAAUUAGCUUAAUGAAUAUGAUACAACUUAAACCUGCUUAUUCGAAGAAAAGUGUUAACAAGUAUAAAAUAAUUUCGAAAGAGAGAAAAAGAUUUUGAAAGAUGAAAUAGAGAAAAUUAAUUUUGAAAAGAAAGAAAUGUUUUAAGAAUUCUAAAAUAAACUCAGGAAUUUAGAAAUAGAAAAUGCUUCUUUGAGAGAGAAUGCUUCAUAAGCUUAAUCUGUAUAAGGUAAUUUGGUUUUAUAACUUAAGAAUCAAAUAGCUUCAUUAUUAGAACAAUAACAGCUACUUGAGUAAUAAAAUAAUUCAGUCGAACAGUAGCUAAUACAAGCAUAAAGAAAUCUCAUCGAAACAUAAUCUUAGAUGUAGCAUGAAAACGAGAGAUUAAUCAAUGAAAAAGGUCAGCUUUCUGAUUAAGUUUAGAGUCUUAAUAGUAUGAUAAGAAAAAUAUAAUAGUAAGUUGAAGAUUUAUAAUGUGAGAGACUCAGCUUCCAAAACGAAAGAGAGAGUUUAACUAUGAAUUUAAAAUAAAAAACUUUUGAUUUAGAAAAUUUAAACAAAAUAUAUAAUGAAAGUUAGAAAAGAAAUGAAUAGAAGCUAGAAACAAUUUUAAUAUAGCACUAAAGCGAGAUUUAAUAAUUAAUUGAAAAUCAUAAAAUCGAGAUAGUUUUGAUGGAAUAAAAAAUAGAUUCUUCAGAGCAAUAAAAAAAUAUCAUUUUAGAAAAAAUAGAUAAUCUCUAGGAAACUCUAAUAAGUUCUAAUAAGCAAGUUAUUACUGAAGAUUUUUAAGAAAAUCUCAUAAAAACUUACCAAUCACUUGUAAAUCUGAUAAGUCCAAGAAAAGAUUCUGUUAUUAUUGAAUAAAACUCUGAAAAGGAUGAAAUAAAUUUUAAUAUAAUUUAAGAAAAUAAUAAAUUACAUUAAAUCAUAGAAGAAAAAUCUUAAGAAUAUACCAAAUUAUAAAAUUAAUACGAGAUAUUAUAAGAGGAACUAUUGUAAUUAAAAUAGUAAACAUCAGCAGAAGAUACAGUUAAAAGAAAUAAAAAACUAUCUUAAAGUGAUAAUGAUACAACAUAAGAUAUAAAUAUUUCACCAUCUCCUUUACGUCCUCAAGCUUUUGAAUAAGAUUAGCAUAUUAGGAACAGCUAAGAUAUUAAUAAUAUGAGUUAGCUUAUUAAUGAUAUGAAAAAAUAAAUAUCAGAUCUUGAAGAGAAGCUGAAUAAGGAGUUAGAAGAUAAAACUGCUAUGGAGAAUGAAAAUUCUAAACUAAGAUUAUCUAUUUAAAGAUAUGAGAUGCUUGGUGGGAUAUAAAGCUUUGAAUUUCAUUCAGCUUAAAACCACAACCAAAUAAAAAAGGAUGAAAAUUCUAUAAACCACAAUGAAGAUAUUUCUGAGAAUUUCGAAGUUAGCAGAUACUUGUAAGAAGAAGUAUCGCGUCUGAAAGGGCUGCUUGAUGGUCAAAAACAAGAAUACGAGUAAUAAAUUAGUGUAUUAAAAGAAUAAAUUGUAAUGACUGAAUCUUUUUCAAUAAGUAAUAUUAGUUUAAUCAGUCCUCAUCUUAAAUAUUAAAAACCACCUCACUGUAAUGAUAUUUUAAACGAUUGCAUAUAUGAAGAAUUAAAUGAAUAAAGUCAAAGUGAUUCAAAUUAAAACGCUGCUAAUGUUUAAGAUAGUAUCAUGUAAAAUGAAAUAAAUAAAACAAUUUAAAGUCGUUGCAAAACUCUUGAUGAUAUCUAAAGAAGCUCUGAAGCUGAAUCAUCUGAUAAUAGAAUGUAUUUCAGCUUUUAAGAUUAAAUCAUGUAUUUAAAUGGAUAAGUUCGUAAAGCAGAGGAAAAUUUAAGCGAAUGCUACGAUAAGAUAAAGUACCAAGAAAAAUUAAUUUAAGAAUAGAAUUCAAUUAUUGAAAAAAAUUGUAUGAUCAUUUAACAGUUUUAAGAUAAUUUGAAAGAAAGCAGAAAUGAAUUUGAACAUUCUGAAAGUAAGAAUAAGCUACUCGAAACAUCAGUUGUGAGUUAUCAAACUUAACUUUAGUAAUAUGUUGAAUAGAUGCAUAAAAAUAUUGAGUAGCUCAACUAAUAUGAAUAAAUUAUUAAAGCUUUAGAAUAAGAAGUGUAAACGAAAGAACUUCUUUUGAACGAUGCACACACUAUUAUUGGAAAUCUUAAUUAAAAAAUUGAUAAUAUAUAAUAACUAUAGCCUUAACAAUAAAUUAUUAUUUAGUCUUAAAGCGAUGAAUCUGAAAAGAUUAAAAGAGCUAGAAAAAAUAAUGAUUUAGAAAAUGAAGAAAACCAUAUAUCUGAUUUAAAGAAUAAAAUUGAUAAUCUCAACCUAUUAAUUGAACAAGCUAAUUAAGAUUAAUGUAUAUUAAAAAGUGAAAAUUAGAUUUUGAUAGAUUAAAAUAAUGCUUACCUAAAUAAAAUAGUAAAUUUGUAGGAAAAUUAAAAAGAACUGGUAAUCAAUAUAUUAAAUAGUAAAAAUGCUGAAAUAAAUAUAUAAUGUAUUUCAAAUAAUGAUCUAACAAAAGAAUUAUUAGGUGAAGAUAUUUUGAACGAAUUGAUACAAUUUAUUGAAGAAAUUUCAGUUUAAAAAAAAGAUGUUUAGUUAAUAAUAGAAAAAAAUAAUUAACUUGAAAAAGCCAAUAAAAUUUUGAAGCAAUAAUAUGAAGAUAUCUUCAAAUAAAAUAAUUCUACUGAUGAACAAAAAGAUCUUAUAAUUUAAAAUUUGCAAGAAGAAUGCUCUUAAUUAAAGUCUUAGAAUGAAGAAUAUGUUUAAGAGAUUUAGAAACUCACAGAGUUUGUAGAAUAAUUUGAACAAAAAUUCAACGAAGAUCGUGAAUAAAUCUCUGAACUUGAGAAAAAAGCUACUAAUCUUAUUAACCUUGAAAAGGUUUAAAGCGACAUAAUAGAUUAAUAGUAAAAGAGAGAUAAAUAGCUAUAGGAAUAGUGUGAAGAAUAACUCAAAAUUAUUGCAGAUUUAAAAUAAAAACUUCAGCAAAACUAAAAUGAAAAAAUAAUUGAAUUAACAAAUAAAUUAGCAGAUUUCGAAUUAAAGUUAUAAUAAAGUGAACAAAAUCGAAUUUAAGGAGAGAAUUUAAUGUCUGAAACUUCUAACUUAAUAGAUAGUCUUAACAAUCAAAUAAAUAAUUAUAAGUCACAAAUAGAAUAAUAGUAAGAGAUUAUUAUGCAUGAAGCUUAAAAAUUAGAAGAUUUAUAAAAAGAAUAUUCACAGUUGCAAAUAUCUUAGAAACAGCAAAUAGAGUCUUAAACCAAAAUAAUUUAAAAUUUGCAGUCAUAAAUUUAGAGCAAGGAAUAUUAAAUUAGUCCUCUGCAAGUAGCUAUGGAUUAGAUUUAGCAGAUUCUGCAGUGCAAAACCAAAGAACUUGAGAAAUGUUAAAGCUUGAUUUCUGAUUUAUAAAAUUAAGAGAAACAAUCUUAUGAAAUUAUUAAAUAAUAGGAAGUUUUCUUGCUAGAAUUUUAAAAAAUAAAAAAGCAAAACUAACUUGAAAAGGAGUAGCACUAAAAACUUAUACAUAGCUUGCAACACUCACUUGAUAGAUCUCAGAAAGAAUUUUCUUUUGUUGAAUAAAGCAAUAGGUCUAUGCAGAAUAAACUUUAAGAAGUCUAAUAAGCUUAUGAAAAUCAAAUAAUGGUUAAUUCAUAAUUGUAAAAUUCUCUUAAUCAAGUAAAAAGUAGAUAAAAUUCCUCAAACUAGAUUUAAGAUACACAAAUAAGUGAAAACAUUUAAAGCAGCAUUAAACUAAACUAAUAAAAUGAAUUAAAAGAGGAUUUUUUGAAGCAAGAUGAAUAAGAUAUCGAUUACAAAAAGCAGUAUGAAGAGCUUAAGUAAAUUUUAGAAGAUUAAAAUUAUUUGGAUACUCUAAAUAAGUAUGCAAAAUAAGAAAUUGUUUUAACCAGAGAAUUAGAAGAAGCUAAAAAUUAGAAAAAUUAAUUUUAACAAUUAUAUGAAGAAGCCUCUAAUUAAAUUAUAAGUUUAAAUCAGAAGCUUAAUGAUACAAAAUUAGAAUUUUCAAUUUAAAAUUAGAAAUUAUAGUAAAUAUACGAACUUAAGUGUAAAGAAAAAAGUAAUCAGGAGGAAUAAAAUUAGUCUUUAAGAAAAUUAGCUGAGGAACUUCAGAAUAUUGUGAAUAAUCAAGAAAAGAAUAAUUUAUUUAUUGUAACUGAAAAUGAAAAAUUAAAUUUAAUUAUUUAAGAAUUAAAUAUGAAGAUAGAAAAUUUAGAAGUAGUAAAUUAAAAGUAGGUAGCGGAUAAAACUAUUUAGGAAUCUUAAAAAAUAAGAAACGAAUAAAGCGAGUAAACAAACUCUCUAAGAAAUUAAGUAAAGCAGCUUUAAUCAGAAAUAAAUUCUAUUCAAUAAGAAAAACAGUAACUAAACUAAUAACUUGAAAGGCUUCAGUAUUAAUUGAACAUUAGUUCUACAAAUCUAAAUUAAAAAUAGUCUUAUAUAGUAACUUUAGAGAACUAAAUUGCUUAAUUUAAUAAUUCUUCUAAAAUUUUAUACAAUUCUUCUGAAAGAAAUGAAAUUGGGACUUAGAGCAGCAAUCUCCAAUAAACCUCAAACCGUCUUUAAGUAAGUGUAGUAGAAGGAGAAAUGAAAAUCUCUGAUCUUAAGGAUUAUUUUGGUUAAAUAAACUAAUAAAAUAAUUAAAAUGUUGCAUUUUAACCUUCCUGUGUUAACCCAAAAAUAUACAAUUUGAAGAUAAAUUAGUGCACUCAAUCACUUGAAAACUCACCAAAUAGCAACUCAUAAAAAGAUUUCUGCCAGGAUUAAUUUGUUUAGAAUGAAAAUAUUUACUUAUCUGAUUAGAGAAAACUAGAAGAUAUUUAAAAUAUAUCGAGCUCAGUAAAUUCUGAAAAAAAGAAGGCUUCUUCAUUGAUGAAUCCAAAAGACAUAAGGAAGAGUAUCACAGAAUCUGGCAUGAAGUAAUAUAAAAUGGGAGAAGGAGUGGAAUAAAAAUUAGAAUUAAACAAUUUAGAAAAUUAAUUUUGA